GCGCUCCAUUCAUUUCCUCUGAGCCUAGCGGAGGAGAGAGAGAGAGAGAGAGAGAGAGAGAGAGAGAGAGAGAGAGAGAGAGAGAGAGCGCGCAGCCGGAGGAGAGAUAAAGUCAAGACCGCUGCUGGAGAGGAGGAGAAAUCCCCGAGAGAGGAAAGAGAGAGGAGGACGACAGGAAGAGAGAGAGAGAGAAAGAGUGAAGAGAAGAGAAGUGGAGAGAGGAGAGAGACACACCGGAGAGCAAGAAGAAUUCUCACCACUCUGCAGCUGCACUAAAGAGCUGGUGGCGGUAUGCUGAUGCUGGACGGGAUGCCAGUGCUGCGCUCGGCGGUGGAGCGGGCGAUGGAGCGGGCGGUGGCGGAGCGGGUGAUGGAGUCCCAGCGGCGGUCCCCGGAGGUGCGGCGCUACCCCGACACCGUGCUGGUGUUCGACCGGCGCAGCAUCCGCAGCGAGACCCCCGAGAGGCGCUUCUGCCCGUCCGACCUCUUCCAGACGCAGACGGAACCCGUCGACCUCUCCACCAACAAAUCCAGAACGUCGCCCCCGACGACGAUGACCCGGCCCUCCCCGCCACGGCACACCCCGCCCUGCUUCUCCUCUUCAUCCUCCUCCUCCUCAUCCCCCUCUUCCUCCUCCUGCCCCUCUGUCAUCACGCCCGUCCCGCGCCCGCGUGUGCUCACGCCCAUCUCGGGGUCGCCCCCGGGGGUCAGAGGUCAACCCUUCCUGCAGAUGGCGCACCCCCACCCCGUGCCGCCGUGCCCGAGCCCCGUGCACCUUCACCCGCGCCGCGUGCCCGUGGUGGUGCAGCCCGUGCCGCUGGUCUACACGGGCAUGGGCGCCCUGGGUCACACGGCAACCGCAUCCAGCCUCAUGAUGCCCCUGCUGGAGGAGAGCAGGAUCCACAGGGCAGUCACACACCGUGUCCCAGAUGGACCGUCGCCACGGCGAUCCCACAGCGACAGCGACGACGAUGACCUGCCGAACGUGACCUUGGACAGUGUCAACGAGACAGGGUCCACCGCACUGUCCAUAGCACGCGCCGUGCAAGACUCCAUGUUGCCGUUCAGCAUCGAGAGCCUGAGGCGGCCGCGGCGGUCCGAGUCUCCGGACUCCAAGAGAAGGCGCAUCCAUCGGUGUGAGUUUGAGGGCUGCAAUAAGGUCUACACCAAGAGCUCCCACCUGAAAGCCCACAGAAGAACACACACAGGUGAGAAGCCGUACAAGUGCACGUGGGACGGCUGCACGUGGAAGUUCGCCCGCUCAGACGAGCUGACCCGCCACUACCGCAAACACACCGGCGUCAAGCCCUUCAAAUGCGGCGACUGCGACCGCUCCUUCUCCCGCUCCGACCACCUGGCCCUGCACCGCCGCCGCCACGCCCUCGUCUGAGCCCUCCGCCACAGUCCAUUGGAUGCUGGAGUGACGGACAAACAAACUGACCAAUCAGAUGAGCAGAGCUGGUUCUCUGCCUGUUAGGAGUAGCCAUGAGGGGGGCAGGGGCUAAUAUUUCACUCCUGCCCCUCUUGAAGCAAUUAAAGCAACAGGCCGACACAGUCACAUGGUGAGAGAGAGAGAGGGGGGGGGGG